AUGCGCAAUAUAACGAAGAACUUCCGCCUAGGAUUUGGUUCUUUCAUCGAUAAGAAGCUCAUGCCGUUUAUUGAUCCAAGGAUUGAAAAGCAAAAGUCUCCUUGUGCGGAGCCGUGUGCAGAACCUUACGGUUUCAAGCAUCAAAUGACUCUCACCACUAACACGGAAAAGUUCAAGGCGGAAGUCGACAAAGCCGAAAUUUCUGGUAACCUCGAUGCUCCAGAGGGUGGGUUCGAUGCAGUAGUACAGGCUCUAGCGUGCAGUCAGAAAAUCGGUUGGCGAGAGCGUGCUCGUAAAAUGCUCGUUUUCUCUACAGAUGCAGGCUUCCAUUUUGCUGGUGAUGGCAGGCUCGCUGGUGUGGUUGAACCGAAUGACGGCGAAUGCCAUCUUGACCGAGAAGGUUACUACACGGAAACUUUGAAACAGGACUACCCCUCCAUCGCAUUACUUCAUCAAAUGAUCAAGGAGCGUAAGGCGAACAUUAUUUUUGCCGUCACGAAGGGAAACCACGAUUUGUACUCUCAGCUUUCGGAAUCACUGCCGGAUGUGUCUUCUUCUGUUGGGAAUUCUGGAAACUGA